CGAAUCCCUCGGCUGUCACCAUGGUCGAUCCCGUGGUUCCUAUGCUUCCUGGCAUGACCUUCCAGGAUCCGCGGAAACCGGUCGCGAGGCGCGCGCAGACGCUCUGCUACGUCAAUGGCUACGCCGUGCCCGGGGAGAAGACGUCGUCCAUCGCGCGCGCGCCCGCGACGAUGGAGUUCCCCACGGAGGAGCCGAAGGCGCCGACGUCGUAUCCGAUGUCGACGCUCCCGAAGUGGGUCCAGUUCGACCGCAAGGUGCUCCGAUGGAACGCGUUCUUCAAAGAAGCCGUCACGGAAUCCCUCGCGGAGAACUUCCGCGUCCGCAAGUGCGUCAUCUACAUGUACCUCGAGGACGAGUCCAUCUACGUCGCCGAGCCGAAGCAGCACAACAGCGGCAUCCCGCAGGGCGUGUUCCUCAAGCGUCACAAGAUCCCGAAGAACGACGUCGGGGACUUUUACACGCGCGCGGACGUGCGCGUCGCGGACACGCUCACUCUGUACGGCCGAACGUUCUACGUCGUGUCCUGCGACGCGUUCACGCGCGGCUUUUUGACCGAUCAGGGCUUCGAGGUAAACGAAGACGUCGGCUUCCCGGACGACCCCAUCGACGCGUACAGAGAGACGAUGAAGAAGGACUCGAAGAUCCCGUACCCGCCGCCACCGCGCGAUGACGACCUCUCCAGGUACAUCGAAGCCGCCGCGGGCGCGCCGUCGAACGCGCUCGCGGCGGACAAGCUCAAGAAGUUUCUCGCGCACGAUCGCAAGGUUUUGCGGUUUUUCUGCGUCUGGGACGACAGAGAGGCGCUCUUUGGCGAGAACCGCCCGUUCGUCUUGCACUACUACCUCAGCGACGACACCGUGGAGGUGUUAGAGGUUGCCGAGCCGAACAGCGGCCGCGACCCGUUCCCGGUGUUCUUGAGGCGCGGGCCGUUACCGAACCAAAAGCUCGAGGUGGAUGCGCUCGGACCGACGAAGACGUUUUCGUACUACACGUUUGAAGACUUGAAGGUUGGCGGACACGUGCGCGUGUACAACCGCGACUUUUACAUCCACGACGCGGAUAACUUCACAAAGGCGUGGUACAUCACGAACGCGGGGCGAACGGAGGCGGACUUCCCGCCCAUCUCGGUCGAGGAGGAGCAGAUGCCGAUCCCGCAGAUGGCUGUCCCGCCGUACAACGGAUUCGGCGGCCACGCGGAUUCGCUUCAAAACUGCAUCGCGCUGAUCCCCAAGCCUGUGAAGCCAGACUUCGAGAAGCAGAUGACGUACGCGCACACGAUUCUGCGGUUCAAAGCGAAGAUCGUGCCGGACGCGACGCACGCGGUGAGCGACUGGGACUCGGACAGGGAGUUCAUCCUGUCCGUGUACCUCGCGAACGACACCAUCGCGAUCUACGAAAACCCGGACCGGAAGAAGAACAUCGCGGGGGGGAAGUUUUUGGAGAGGCAGGAGGUUCGCAAGCCGAACAGCUCGGAGGCGUUCGUCGCGACCGACUUUUACGUCGGCGCGACCGUGGUCGUCCUCAGGCGCUCGUUCGAGCUCGUCGAGGCGGACAGCUACACGUACGCCUUCAUGGAGGAGCAUCCGGAGUCGUUCCCGCGGAGCGACCCGGAGGCGGUGGGCGGGCGGCUGACGGCGGCGUCGGCGGGGAGGGAAGCGGCGCUCAGAGAGGCGCUCACGGGCGCGGAGGACUCGAACGGCGAGGUGGAGCUCGCGGACGUCGCGAACGCGUUCAAGUCCGCGGGCGUGGAGUGCGUCGCGCAGGAGAUCAUCACGCUCGGGAGGAAGCACGCGGGCUCGGGCGCGGGCAAGGUGUCCGUGUCGGCGCUGCUCGAGGCGGUGUCCGUCGGUUUCGCGCUUCCCGCGGGAGAGGGCGAGGGGCAGUGA